AUGGCUAGUGACAGUGAUAGCGAUAGUGAUUUCGGUGAUUUCGGUGAAGGUACAGUCACUAUUGAAGAAACUGCACCUUCUACCAAUAAAGAUGAACAUACUAAAGAAGGUACAGCAGAUGCCAAUGCAGAGAGUGAACCCCAACAAGCAUUUACUGCCGUUGAAGUGUUAUUCGAUUGUAUGAGGAAGAUAUUGGCAGCUAAGGAAAGAGGUAUUGAAAUACGAGAUAAGAACGUUCUCUUCCAAGACCUUUUGAAGAAUGAAAAGACUAGGAAAGUGUACGAUGCCCUAUUUCCGAACGGCAAGCCGCUUCCGCCUGUUCAAUGGCGUAGAGAACCACUUCAGAAGCUUCUAAGACAGACUUUGAACAUUGACGAGCCACAAGAAGAAGAAGUAGAGGAAAAAGAAGAGUAUGUAAUACAGGACUUAUUAUACUUGAAGCUAGAGGAAGACCAAGAUCAGAAAUCCUUAGAACAAUUGGGAUAUAAGAAACUCAAUGCAGAAGGUGUACCAGAUGCAGAUUUGUCGCAGCUUCUCUCUUAUCAAGACUUUCAAACUAUCCCUGGAAAUGAAUUGCCGGUGAUUCAUGAUCAAUUAAUAGAUGCCAUUGAGACUGUAUUGCUUGAUUUGGAAAGUUUACAGAAUGAAGAACAGGAACUAUUAAAGGAUAAGGCCACAUAUGAGGAAUUGAUUACAAAUUUGGUAGGUCAUACUCAAAGAAUACGAAGAGAGGAAAUUGCAGAAUACCAGAGAAAGCACAAAUCCAAAUCUAAAAAGAAAUUUUAA